AGGCGGGUCCCGGUUGGAUGCCACCGCUGGAGCUGGAGCGAGGGCUCCCGCCGCGUUGCGUUCCCCCUCGGGAUGAGCAUCUCUGGGAAUUGGCAGCGGGAACGAAGCGCGGCGCUGGCGCGGUGCAGCCAACAUCUGGACACUUAUAUAACUGGAAAUGCUUCCAAGAAAAAAAAAAUCUCAAGGAGGGGGGAGAAACUUUUUUUUUUAAUGGCUUUUUUGUACUUUUUAAUACUUUUUCCCCCCUCCUGCUUUUCCUCCUUCUGCGUCUCCUGAUGCCGUGUCGGGAGCGCUGGAGGGAUGGGGAGGCUGCCAAGUGCAAGAGGGGGAGUUGGAGGGAGCAGCCCCCACCCCAGCGGCAGUGCUGGGGGGUCCCAGGGCCCCUGGCACACGUGGGUGCUCAGCUGUGAGAGGGGGAGAAGCAGCGGCCGGGGGGGAAGCAGCGAGAGGGGCUUGCGGCGGGGUCAGGGAAUCUGCAUCCCGUGGGAACACUCAGGACCCCGGGGGCGCGGGGAGGAAGGGUCCCCCCCGUCCUGUGCAGGAGGGGAGCGGCGGCGGGUCAGGGAUCGCAACACGCCCAGGUAAGUCCUUUCCCACCUGGGCAGAGUAAAUAAAUCGAGGCUUGGGUUACCCGGCACCGGCGGCACGUCGGAGGCGCUGACAAGUGCGGGCAGCUCCUGCUCUCGGCACUGCCCGGGGCCUCGCCUGGCAGCACCCCCGGGGCGGGCACGGGACCCCCGCCCCGACGGGGCCCUGCCGGUGGCAUCCAGGUCACUCAGCGGCCGGGACCCCCCGGGCCACCCUGCCCCGAGGAUGCCCAGCCCAGUGGCAGCGCUUCGGAAGCGUCUCGGCCUCCCCGAGCAGGGAUCCCGGUUUGGGGGAGUGAGUCCCAGGGGAUGAGGGCUCGGAGCGCCCCGCUCUCAGGAGGGGGACGCCGGGGCGACCCAGCUGCCGGUGGCUCAAGAGUCCCCUUGUUCCGCGUCCAGGGAUUUCCUGGCUGGAGUCUCUGGCAGCUGCGUCGUCUCUCCCCAGGGCUCCUCGGCGCUGCGCCCACUUCGCAGACGGGGAAACUGAGGCAGGCGGUGGGGCCGGAGGCGGGAGCGAGGGAGGGAGGGCACGCCGAACGCAGGUUUCCUUGCGGGCGCCCCGCUGAGUCAGCCCGGCCGGGGUGGGGCCUUGCUCCCGCAGCGCCCGGACCGGGAUAACGGAGGAAAAAGCGCUUUGCAUAUUUGAUUAAACCCGGCAGGUCGCCACCGGGCCGGUUGCGAAAUGUGGGAAUGCUGCGGGGCCCCCCGCCCGGAAGGGAGGCGGGGGAGCGCCUGCCGGGGGGCAGGUGAGGGGGACGGGAGUGGGACGGGAACUUCGGCACGGCCGGGAUGGAAAAACGGGGCAGGGAUGGGUCCCCACGGCUCGCGUGACAGUGGCCUCUCUCCCCACACAGGUGUCGUGCCCUUCAUGGCCCUGCUCCUGCUGCAGCGGCGGCCGGUGGCCGGACGGGCACUGCUGGUCACCGGCUCCAGCUGCCCCGGCCACGGCUUGUGCCGCUCCAACGUGCAGGAGCAGACCCGCAGGCAGGUCGCGCUGCUCAACGCCACCGCCCAGGACCUCUUCAGCCUCUACCUGAAGUGCCAGGGAGAGCCGUUCAGCAGCGAGAGCGACAAACUCUGCAACCCCACUGGCAUCUUCUUCCCUGCUUUCCGUGUCAACCGGACGAGCGAGAGGAAGGAGGUGAUGGUGGCCAUGUACAAGCUCUUCACCUUCCUCAACGCCUCGCUGGGGAACAUCACGCGCGACCAGGAGGAGCUCAACCCCACGGCCAAGGAGCUCCUCGACCGGCUCCACAACACCACCAAGACCACCCGGGGCCUCAUCUCCAACCUCACCUGCCUCCUCUGCAAGAACUACAACAUCUUCCAGGUGGACGUCAGGUACGGGGAGAGCUCCAAGGGCAAGAGCGCCUUCAAGAAGAAGCAGCAGGGCUGCCAGGUGCUCAGGAAGUACGUGCAGGUCAUCGGCCAGGCAGCACGUGUCCUCCUACCUCAUCUCAGCCCCUCAUGAGCGCCCACCCCGGCUCCGCUGCUUCUCCACUGCUGGCGGCCCCUGCCGCUGCCUCCCCAACUCCCGCCUUCCUAUUUAUUACCCCGGACCCUGCGCUGGCCCCAUCCGCCCUCUGGUAAUUUAUUGCCCCUUGAGGGGGUGAACAUUGCAGGCCGGAGUGUCCCGGGUGGAGCAGGGCCGGGGCCGGCAUCCAGCGGGACGAGGUAGCACAUCCCCAGCACAUCCCCGAGGUGAUGCCGGGGCGUGGGCUGGUCCCGGGAUGUGCCUCAGCCAUCCCUGUGCUCCCAUGGGGUGUGGGGAGCUGUGGGAGCUGUGGGAGCUGUGGGGGCUGGCGGCAGGGCUGGACUCUGUCCCCCACGGACGGUCCCCAUCAUGGAGAGCAGCCUGAUAGACACCUCGCGCACUAUCUGAAAGCUUCCACUUCCCCGGAAAAAGGACUGUGAGGAAGGACACCGCGGUGCAGCGGCUGUCAGGGACAUGGGGACACGGGGACACGCUCCCCCUGCACAUUUUAAGGAUCCACAAGGAGCCGAACUGGGGGUACUUUGGUGGCUGUGGCGGCUGGGGCUGGGUCCCACCAUCCAGGACAAGGCCACCCCCCGGGGGACAGAGCGGGCAGUCACCCCACUGUGGAGCAUCAUCCCCCCGCGCGGGCACGGCGGGGCAUGGAAUGUCCCUCUCCUUUGGAAACGUGCUUUUCCCAUCGAGAGGGCUCUGAAUGUACCAAUGGCCAAGGGCUGGGCUCCUACGGCUGAAUGCAGCCUUGGCACGG